UUUGGAACCUCCACCAUCUGGGAAAAAAAAUAGCGCGCAACUUUUCCCUCACUUUUUUUUUUUUUGGCUCUUUUUUCUCUGAAAAAUUUUACCUUAUCUUUUCCCUCUCUCUCAAAACCCUCUGCCUCUCUCACUACUUUUUAUUUCUGCAAAUAUGAUACAAAUUUCGAACUAGACCAAACAGACUCAACAAAACCAUUAGACUCAUUCUAAUGAAUUGCAUUUGUAACUUUGAAAUAUCCUUUCUCAAACGUCAAUUGAAAUUGGUCCAAACAUGGGUACGAAAUCAGUUUUAAAUAGAAGCUGGAGUUUUUGAACAAAAUUGGUCCAAACAUUGAUCUCAAAGGCUCUUCUUCAUAUUUUGAUCGUUUUGCUGCGUGUCUUCACUGCUCAGUUAUUAGGACCCUCUUAAAUCCAGAUUGUUUAACCAAAGCCAAAGCCAAUGCUACGAGAAGGGCUGAAAUGAUGGCUCAGACUGGACAAAGGCCUGGACGAGCACAAAUAUACCUUGCUACUCAUAAGAAUCAAGAUGGAGUAUAUGUUAAUGAAGCAGCAAAAGAAAUAUGCGAAAAAAUUGAGUUAGCUUUAAGCCAAAGCACCAUAGACGAGUCUCAAAUUUCGCGAAAUGAUGUCGUUGGCAAGGUGCUAGGAGAAGAGCACUCUGGGAGGGUGAGGUGCUUGGGAUUAGGACCUAUCCCCAGUAAAGUUUUUAAACAAGCAAGACCUCGUUUCGGCGGUACAAGUGCUUCAAGAAGUGAAGGUUCAUGUUCGUCCCAAUGUCAACAGAACCAUAAGAAAAUGAUAAAUGCUCAGGAAAAAAUGAUGAAUGCUUUCAAGGCAUAUAUGAUAAUGAAAGAAGGGACGAUACCAGAACAGUUUGCGGGGUUCUUUGCUUCUUCUUCGGCGGUUUCUCCUACAACACCAAGUGAUGCGGCGAGUGGAUCCCUUUCGCCCAUGGAUGCAAGAAGAUCAUGCGGUGAUAGUAAUCCUAGUGACAACCGUUGAUUUCAUUGUAUUGUUUGGUAGGAACGGAUGUUAGAAUGCUGGAGUGAAUGUAUUGUGUUUAAAUUUAGUUUUUGAGUGAUCUGAUAAUGCUACUUAAAUUUUUAGUUUCAAAAACUAAUGAUACUUUAUGAUAACAUUUGUGAUUUUACGAUAUGUUAUCGA